AUGGAGACGAAUAUAAUCCAGACCCUACGCUUUCUGGCUAGUGCUAAUAACGAUGAGCGAUCAGCUGCAGAGAAGAAUUUGAGCUCGUGCAUGGAAUCCGAUCCUUCUGGAACGAAUUUGUCUCUGAUUCGAGUUGCGUUGAAAGAUUCCGUGGAAUUAGACAUCAAGCAGGCUUCAUUGCUGGUUUUGAAGCGAUUUGUGCCGAAAUAUUGGUCCAUGGGGUUUCAAUCUUUUGUUGGACCUCCAAUUGACCAGGCAGUCAAGCAGGAAAUCAGAGCUUCGUUGCUCCAGCUUCUCAGUGACCCAAGCUCCAAGAUCAGAAGUAGUACUUCCUACGCAAUUGUCCAGAUCGCUGUUGUUGACUACCCAGACGAAUGGCCAUCACUAUUGAAUGAUCUUUACGAACUGACUAAUAGUCCAAACAGACGCUACUAUACAAUUCUGGGUGGCUUGAAAGUUCUUCAUGAUUUAUUUGACGAUCUGGUCACUGAUGAGCAAUUCUUUGAGCAAGGCGUGGGGCUUGCAGUGAUGAAACAUUGCCAGCAAUUAUUAGCAGAUAGAGACAUUCCAAUUGAACUGAAAACUGAUACUUUGAAAUUACUGCUAAGUUGUAUCAGACAACUUCAAGGACCCGAGAUUCAUGACAACGAUAAUAGAGUAUUGAUGGUGAAAGAAAUCAUUCCAGAACUGGUUAAUAUCAUUUGUUCGUUUUUGCAAGAGUUUUCAUCAGAGAAAUUCCUAGACUUGAUCAAUGUUCAGAGUUAUAAAGCUGAAUUGUAUCGAAUCUUGAACGUUAUCGCCAAUGAGUUUUCAUGGAUCUUUCUCAAAGUCAACCUUCAGCUAGCUUCUCAAUUGCUACCGUUAAUUAUAAAGGAGCUCUCAAUUUUGGAGCCGGUUUGCACCAGCUUGAUUAUAGAAACGAAGAACUCAGCUGGCAUCACGUCCGUAUUCAGAGAUUAUGAUUCCUUUAAAGAGGUAAAUAUAGAAGACUCAGACCCACUGAAAGUUAUCAAAGAUGAACUGAGUGAACAGUUAAGUUUAUUAGGUACACUUUCAGAAUUUUCCAAAAUUUCAUCCUUAGAAGAUCAGUCGUGCUUCUACACAUUAUUAGAUACCCUGACUAAACUAGCAGUCAUUCCCCAAGAUGUUGAAGAGAUUUGGGAGUCCGAUUUCAAUGAAUUUGUUACCACUGAAACUGGUAUGUCUAUUGAUUUCAGCAUAAGAUCCGAAAUACUGGAUUUCCUUUCGAAUUUGAACAAAAUUGAUUCUUCGUUUCUGACUUGCACAUUACUUGAUCGAUACACUCCGCAUGCUACUGAACUUGCAAACAAUCCCUCCGAGAUACUUCACGACUUAAAGGUAAAGGAAAGUACAGUGUUUCUUUUGGAGGGAUGUUUUGUGAAUGAGUCAGAAGGGAAGAAAAUCAACCACACUCUUUCUUCCACAUUAGAGGCAUUUCUUAACACAAUCAAACUUUACUUUGACAAUGGAGUCUUUGAUAGUGCCAGCUUUAACUUGUACAUUUGCCGAAUUAUUUUAAUUAUCCCCAGAUUUCUGGAGAAAUUUCAAGUCAAUAUUGAUCACAUUUCCUUUGGGGUCUAUGCAUUAAGAGAAAUUUUUACCAUUAAGGCGAAUAAGCCGGUUACUAAUGAGCUGAUUGAUGCUUCUAUUUUGAUCAGUUUUACCUAUUUGAAUCAUUUCAUACCAUCUUCCAAGUUUGAGACUGAUAUCCAAUAUGGAUUGCUAAACAUUGUUUCAUCUUUAGUAGAGGAUUCGGAGGAAGACACAAACACUGUGCUUUUGGAAGCCUUAUCGAUCAUUAUAAAUAUCGAUAUUCAGAGACUUAAUUCAGCUCCUGAUGCUGCGACCCUUCAGUUGAUCUACUCCAUCACUUACAAAGAUCCUUCCAAUUACCAAGCAAUUUUAAGUGCCAAGGAAUGUUUAGCUGACCUCCUUUCCGGUAUAUCGUUGGAAAAUUAUAUGAAUCAUUGUUCCAAAGGUUUACCUAUUGUAUUGGAGACGAUUACAUCAUCACUAUCCAAAACGUUGGAGUAUUCACCGGAAUUGAAUCUAUCUCUGGAGCUGCUAACCAAUUUCAUUCAGCAGGCUCCUAAGAAUGAGCUUCCAGCUAGCGUUUUCUCUGCCAUUUUUUCUCCCUUGACUAAACUGAUUUUGUCAGUGUCAGAUGACCAAAUCCUCCAGAGUUCCAGUGAAGUUUUCAAUGCUUUGCUCAAACAGGCGUCACAUUUAGUUUCACAGUAUUCGUCAGAAGAUGGCGAGAGUGGGGUAGAAAUGACUAUCAAGGUUAUAUCAAAGUUCUUGUCCCCCGAACUGUCCGAUAGUGCCAUUUUAAACCUGGGUGAUUUAAUCAUUACUUUGAUCACUUACUUCAAAGACCAGAACAUUGUUAACAAGUAUUUGGAGACCAUUUUGAAAUCAGUUACUGUCCGAUUAUCAGUAACUAAAGAAUUGGUCACCAUAGAAAAUUUGGUCUUAAUUUUCAGCACACUGACUUUGAUAUCACCUGAAGAAACUUUAGACUUUUUAACAAAUUUUACUAUCAACGAUGAACAUGGCGAGAAAAAAUCUGCUUUAUACAUCAUCCUUCCCAUCUGGUUCAACGUGUUUGAAAUUGUUAGAGGGUAUGAGCAGAUAAUAACUAACGUCAAAGCGUUUAUCGCUAUCUUCAAACUUGGUGACAUGAGGAUAGAUGAGAUGAUAGUGAAUGGCGACCUAAUAGUUGAUCCGAAUGUUGACCCUGAUCUCAUUAUCACUAGAUCAAUGGCCAAAAAGAUUCCAACUCGCUUCCAACAAAUUACAGCGUCGUUGAAAAUCCUGAAGCUUUUGAUCAACGAGCUUAAAUUCCAGUGCAAGCAAUUGGAUACAAAGAGUAUUAUUGAACGAUCUAUCGAUGUUGAUAAAGUUGUUGCAGCAGGAGGAGGUGACUUAGGACAAGACAAUGAUGACACUGAAGGCUGGGAAGACUUGGAAGAUGUUGGCAUACCCAGCUAUGAAAAGUUAAAAUCUUACAUUGACAAUGAUGAGCAUAGAGGAUACGAUAGUGACUCUGAUAACGAUAAAACCAACGCUGGUGAUGAAGCGUUGAAGGAUUUACUGAAAAGUUUUUUCAGAGACUGUGCUGUGCACAACAUCGGUAAAUUUGGAGAGCUAUAUCCUAAACUGAAUGAGGAAGAGAAAAAAGUACUCACAGAGUAUGUUGUAUUCGAUUCUUAA